GAAAAUAAAAGAAAAUUUCAAUUAAAAAUUUAAACCGAAAAACAAAAUGUUGAUCAGAACAAAUUACUGGAAAAGCACUCAAAAACGGAUUAAAUAAAACAUGAAUGCAAUUUCAAAAGUGAAACAAAAAUAUACAAACAAGAGCAACAAUAGUGACUAAUUUAAAAAAAAUUAAAGUGAAAUUCUGAAAAUAUAAAUCGAAAAAGAAAUCUCGAAAUUAGUAAAAAUGCAAAUUUCCAAUAAAUCUUAAAAACAAAAAAACACACUCCUGCGCGAAAUCGGAAAUAUCCGUUCUCCCCCACGUCAAAGAUGACAGCACACCGGUGCAAGCGACACUUGAGCACAUAUUUCAACGCCCGCACAUGUUGUCGUACGCCAUCAAUAUUCCGCCAGUAAACACAAAUGUCCGGCCAACGCGUCCGGACCCUCAACCAAACGUGACACAUGGCUAUGUACUAUUAUGCUAGUAAAAUAUCGGCAAUCGCUUGUGGUACACGUUGCAGACAAACAGUGUUACAGAAGUCGCGCGGACAACGCGAUCGCGAUAAAUAUGUCACGGCGGACGAUGACAACAAUGCUGGCGGCUGCGGCGUUGGCGCCACGGCCACGGCGUUGGAUGAGCAUGGCGAUGUUGUUGUCGUCGUGGAUGGUCGAGGUGCUGGUGUCGGCAAUGAUAGCAACGCAGGUAUGACCAUAUAUACGACGGCGGCGGAGAGCGCAUUCGCGGCGAUGUCAGGUGAUGGUGUACGACAUCGGCGUAGGCAUAGCGAACAGUUGGAUGCGUACGAUCUGGAGUUGGGGUUUCAGAAGCUCGAGGUUUCAUUGGCAAAAUCAACAAAAAACACAUUCACCGGUUAUGGCAUCGGCAGCGCCAAUAUGGAUGCUGAUAUUGUGCAAUAUGACAUACCGAAAAACUCCUACAAACGAGCCAAUUCGGACAUCAAUUACGAGAGCUCCGUACUGGGAUCCGGUGGUAUUAUGUAUAUAAAUGGUAGAAUAGUUUCUGGACCCUUAGACUCGCUGAUAGAAGUGCUAGUGCCAAAAAAUCGCAUAGAUUUCGAUAAGGAAUUUAUAUUCUCAUUUUUAUUAUCGUCACGUUUAUUUUUACGACCCCAUGAGCUGCUUGGCAAAUUAUUAUCCUCGGUACCUGAUAGCGAAUCGUUAGAAUCAUUAGUCGCAUUAUUGGCCGAGUGGACGCAAAAGUUCCCCUACGAUUAUCGCGAUGAACGUAUGAUGGGCCAUGUUAAACAUAUCGUUGCCAGAUGUUCCAAUACAAAUCUAGAAGGUGUAGUUUCCGAAAUACUGAGUGCCUUGUUGAAACAAUUGACUGACUUGGAGAGACAUGAAGAAGAUCUACGCGCUUGUCAAAGUACAACUGAGAAGCCUGAACACAACAAAUUAGACUGCCCGACCGCUUCGCAAUACGCACAAAUACUCUGUCGGCUGGAGAAAAAGUUGGCAAAGCAAAUUGGCCCCGAGGAGUUCCUGCAAUGCAGCAGUAAUGUGCUGCUUGAUAAACAGAAAAAGUGGGACCAACCGAGCACGUCCGGCGGCCCACCCGGUGUCCAGGAUCCGAAGAAAACGUGCAAUUUGGAAACCUAUCUGGAUUGGUCGGCACGUCUGCGCCUGUUCGUAUGCAAUGAAAUAUUACAGUGCAUCGGCAUACGUGAUCGCAGUAAAACGGUCGAAUUGUGGAGUGGCGUCGCACAGUACUGUCUACUCGUGGGUAAUUACAAUAGUGCCACAGCGAUACUCGAGUCACUGGAAUCGCCGCCCAUAGCGAGACUGAAAAUAACGUGGAGCAAAUUGCAAAUGACGUGUCAGCAAUUGGAUUGCAUGCAACGACAUGCUGAGGGACAUGGCGAUCUGUGGCACAAGCAGGCGAGCAUACUGAAUGAGAGUCAUCAAAAGACUGAUACAACGAGUAGAACAACAACGGCGGCAGCAGCAGCAGCAACCGCACUAGCUGCAACAACAGCAGACUGCCCAUUGGACAACACCUUGGCAGCAGCGGGCGCCACAAUAAAUGGCACAACGGUAACAACGGCACAAUUGCUGGCAACACCUACAACACACGGCACUCAGGAGGCGCUCGCCCACUGUGUGGUUGGCGAUGGCGUCGAACAGCAGCGCAGCAGUUGCGUGCUUGUGGCAAGCAUAGGUGAUGGUGUUGCAGUGGGAGUGCCGACAACAACAACAACAACAACACUCAUAACACCGGAAAUGACAGCAAACACGACAAGCAGCAACAAUGGCAGCAGCAGCAAUGACAGCACGGCGAGCAGCAAUAGCAGUCGUGCUGUUGGCACGUGCAGAAAAAUAAUUAAAACGACAACAACAACAACUCCAGCAACACCGGUCGAUGUAACGGUAACAAGUGGUGGUGUUGCAACAGUGACGAAACCAAAUGAUUGGGUUGUGAUUCCGGUAUUUGCGGAUAUUGUUAAAUUGGCAUUGGCCGGACGCGAGGAAUGCCUGCAGCGUUUACCAAACGGGCACAUCAAUAUUAUGGCCUUCGAUCGCAUGGCAGCCAUUGUUGGCGCCUUCACCAAGCACAUGCAUGCCGUUAAGUCGCCGAAUGAAGCACCACCUGGCGAGUAUAAGACCUUUUGCCAGCACAUGCAACGCUCAUCGAAAUUGAGCGAAACGGAACUAAUGAUGGCCUCAUUCGAUUGCGAGGAACCGAAUAAUGCCGAAAAGCUUAUGUAUGAUCUCAAUUAAGACCAGCAGGAACGCAUCCAAAGUAAAUAUAAUUGUAAAUACAAAAAAUAGGAAAGUUCAAAAUCGAGUAAGCUUUAGUAGCGAGUUCACAAAGCUUUCAUGCCGAAAAGCUCAUUUCAACUAGAAACGCACAAAUAACUAAAUCAAACUGUAAACUGGUGUGAGCUUUCGUAGCGAGUUCACAAAGCUUUCAUGCCGAAAAGCUCAUUUCAACUAGAAACACACAAAUAACUAACUUUAAUUGUAAACUAGUAUGAGC